AUGUCCACAAACCGCGAUGGACGCUACGACACUGGACGCCCCGACACUGCAAUAUCUACAAACAGUGAGUUUGCCGAGUCGCAGCAGCAAUCUCGUCCCAGGGCCCUGUUGUGUUGUGGAUUCGGCCACAUAUCAAAGCCCAAGAAGUCAGGCUACAAGCAGCUUAUAAAAAGGCUGAAGUCCCAUUUCAGACUCACGGUCCUAGAGGAAGCGGAGCAGUCGCUGGGGGCCUGUCCAAUGGAGGGUUACUCACUGUUAGUCAUCGCCUGCCCGCGCCACCUCUUCACCCAAGCAGACCUUGCAUGCGCGCACCACUUUGUCGGGACCGGCGGCUGGCUGCUUGUGACUGCCGAAGCCGGUGGCGACGCACUCUCAGGCAGCAAUCUGGACGAGCUGCUGGUACCGUUCAGCAUCGCAGUGGAGUACAUCACGGUGCUGCGGGCCGUGCCGGGAGACGCAUGCAUGCACCCGACAACUGCAUGCAUCGGCGCGGAUGGGGUCGUGAGCAAGUCUUUGUUGGCUGCCUUGGAGAGGCGGCCGACCACCCAGCAGGCAGAUAGCUACAUGAGACCCUCAACAGCUCUGUCAAAACGCCUGGAUUAUAGGCCCUCAACAGCAGCGUCCCUCACCCCCUGGCCUCCGGGCAGCCCAGCUGUCCGGCCGGGCACGGCGCUCCGGGCAGGCGCCGCGGCCAAAGCAGGCGCCGGGCCGCAUUCAAACUCGAAUCCAGGCUCGGCUGACGCUGCCAAACCUGGCGUGCAGCUGGCGUAUGUGAGGGGUGCACCACUGGGUGUUGAGGCACCGGCGGUGCCUGUUCUGGCGACUGGGCAGACCUGCAGCCCAACCCAGCUGCCUAUAGGUGCGGUGUGGAGUGGCGAAGAGGGCCAGGGCCGUGUGGCAGUCCUGGGUAGCAGUGCGAGUUUUGAUGACACAAAUAUCGGCACCCACUGCAACGCUGCUCUGCUGGAUUGGCUGCUUGCCUGGCUGCAGCAUGGAGCAGAUGCGGAGACACGACUCAACAGCACAGCAGCGCUGGCGGCAAUGACCAAUCUUGGGGACAUGAGUUUGUCACCGGACACGUUUGCGCUAUCAGAGCGGCUGCGCCCCUGCUUCCCACAAGAGCCUGAGCUAGCCCAUGACUGGACUCUUCUUCUGGACCGCACUAUUUACUGGCCAGCUGUUGACACGCGGUGA